AAACUAUGUUGUUUUCAUUGCAUUAGUCAGGACGGUUAGGAUUCCACCGUAGAGUGCCGCGGACCCCCUGCAUAAGAUAAGUAGGGUUAGUUGGUGGGUAAGCAAAGAACUGUUUUUUGAGAAGGUAUGGGCCAUAAAGAGUCUAAGGAAAGGAGGCUCUUUAUAGAUGUGAUACAGAAUGUGUUUACAAAAAAAGGGGUAAAGGUAUCCUCUCAACAAAUUGCUCGGUUUUUACAUUUUGUUAAAAAACUGUCCCCCUGGGUCCCUGAGGAAGGAACUGUUAAUAUAGAUACCUGGAAUAAAGUUGGGGACGAUAUUAGACAAUGUCCUCAAAAAAUCCUGGUCGAAAUUCUCUCUCUAUUGACCAUUAUAAAGGGGGCAUUAGACACCUCAAAAGAGACUUCCGGAGUCUUCAAGCCCAGCGCCCCCAAAAUGAUAAUAAAGUGGACUCAGGGACUGUCCCCGAUUCCACCACUAUGAAGGUUUCAAAUUUAACAUCAAACAAUUGGGCUUUCCCUGUUCAGACUACAGGGACUUUCCCUCCAUCUGGGCCGCUUCCUCCCAUGCCACAUUCAAAAGGAGUGGGGCUCAAAGCCGCCGUUAGGGGGGCGGAAAAGGAGGGAGAUACAGAUUUUGUGUGCUGCUUCCCCGUUGCUCUUGGGGGAGAAUUUGAUGAGGACCCUUCUUGGGAACCUCUUCCCUAUAAGAUUAUUAAGGAACUAAAAACUGCCUGUACCGAAUAUGGGCCACUUGCACCCUACACACUUACAUUGCUAGAAACCCUAAUAUCUCGCUGGAUGACACCGUAUGACCGGAUUCAGGUCGCAAAAGCCUGUCUGUCAGGAGGCCAAUAUCUGCUAUGGAAAGCGGAAUAUGAUGACCUCGCUAGAAAAAGAGCAGCCAUAAAUAAAAGGACAAAUAGGAGAGACAUUACCCUCGAUAAACUCCUAGGCAAGGGUGAUUUUGACACUGCUCAAGAUCAAAUGUAUCUUAACAAGGUCACCUUACAGCAGACACUGAUUGUGCCUUUAACGCAUGGAGAGCUUUGCCAAUUGCAACAGGCAGGGCUGCUACCUUGGGAGAAAUCCGACAACGAUAGGAUGAAAGCUAUGAGGAUUUUGUGUCUAGACUCAUACAAGUUGUUAGAAGAGUGAUAACUAACAAUGAGGCAGUGGACAUUCUCAUUAAACAACUAGCAUUGGAAAAUGCCUAUUCUACCUGCCAGUCUUUAUUACGACCCAUAAGAAAAACGGGUACCUUAACUGAUUAUGUCAAACAAUGUGCAGAUGUAAGUCCUACCUUUAUCCAGGGCGUGGCUAUCGCAGCAGCUUCAAAGGGAGAAACAUACCCUCAAUAUGUCAGGUCCUUAGGGCAGU